CCCGCCGCACACGCGAUGCAUGCGGGCACCUAGCGGACACACGCGCGCGGGCCUCAUGGGCACCGUGCUGAGCUUCAGCCCGCGCGAGCGGCGCCCGCCCGCCGCCGCCGCGCCGCCCGACCGCGCCGCGCUCGCCUACUCCUACGAACGCCUCAACAACGCCAAGAACAGGGAGAACCGCGACGCGCCGCGCGACGAACGCCGCGCCACGCUCGACGAUGCCGCGAAAAUCAUCUCCGAAAAGACAGCGUUGGAGAAGAAUCUCAAAAAGCACUCGCUGUUCAUCAACGCGCUGUCGUGGAAGCGCUUUUCGACAGCCAACAACAACAAGAAGAAGUUGGAAUGCAAGAGCAAGAGCGUGACGACGUUCCGCGCGCCGUUGGCGGACAACGCGCCGUUGGACCGCAACAAGAACACGCAUGUGGCGGGGCUGUACCGCGCGCCGCCCGCGCCGCCGCCCGACGUCGCGCGCGCCAACGCGCUCAACAACAACGUGUGCUACGAGAAGCCGUUGGGCCCGCCCGCGCCAGCGCCGCGCAAGACCGUCAUCCAGGCGUCCACGUCGGAGCUGCUCAAGUGCCUGGGGCUGUUCCUGCACGCGCGCUGCCACCGCCUGCGCGACUUCCAGGCGGGCGACGCCGUCAUGUGGCUGCGCACCGUCGACCGCUCGCUGCUGCUGCAGGGGUGGCAGGACGUGGCGUUCAUAAACCCAGCCAACGUGGUGUUCGUAUACAUGCUGGUCCGCGAACUGGUGGACGGCGAGCGGAUAGCGCGCCCGCAGGAGCUGCAAGCGGUGGUGCUGACCUGCCUCUACCUCUCCUACUCCUACAUGGGCAACGAGAUCUCCUACCCCUUGAAGCCAUUCCUCGUAGAAGACUCCAAGGACAAAUUCUGGGACCGAUGCCUUUUAAUCGUAGACAGACUGUCAUUUAACAUGUUAAGAAUUAAUUCCGAACCGGGCUUUUUUACUGAGGUCUUCACCGAGUUAAAAGCUUGUGGGGUUGUGGACACACCCCCUGCGCCGCCGCACCCCGCGCCCCCACCCCCUCACGCCAUAUCGGCCGCCUGACACACAGAGGUCGCUGUGCUGAGAUUGGCACUCACUGACAGGCCCAGCAGAGUCUGAUGUCGGCUUCUAACUAUGGAAGCGCUUGGUCAAUCGUCAAUCAAAUGGACGACCAAUCAGACGUAUAGGUAAUUGAGGUAUAAAUUAGAACCGAAUUGCGAUAUAAAUAGGAUGGUUAAUUAUACGGUAUAGUGUUUGAACGUGUAGGUAAGUCUGAGCAAAGUUGUCCACGAGUUGUCCAAAAUAGGUAGAUUAUUUGUAUGCACUGCGAAAGUUGGAACAUGUAAGUCUUACAGAACAUAGACAAUAAAAAGUCAAAUAACAUGGUACACUGAGCUAACAGUUGGUAAUUCGCUAACUAUGUGUCUUUCGGAGGUUAAGGAAACUAAGUCCUUCUGACAUUAGUGCGUUUUACAUUGGAUUGCAUGUGAUGUAAAAAACCAUCAAUAGCUCGAGUCCAUUCGGUGAUUUUGAUCUUUUGAUAGCCACAGAGUUACUUAAUAACCCAAUUGAAAAGAGAAACUCCAAGAUAAUCUUGCGAUGAAUAUAGACGUGCUGAUUAGCGAAUAAAAAUGAUUCUUAGCCUAAUCGAGAGGUGCAAGCUUGAUUAUUAUCGAUCUUUUUAAAUGUAUAAAAAAAUAUUAAACAAUCGAAAAUGAGCUGAACAAAUUGUCUAUACGAAAAUCUCCAAAUAGGUCGAGUAAAACAAACGAAAUUAUAGGUCUGUUAGAUCUAUCGGAAGACCUAUUUACGAUUAGAUGUUUCGGCAACGCUAUCUAGAGUCUAGACCAUACAAAAAGUCCUACUACGUUUCACUCUGAUAUAAUAUUACUAGGUAGGUACAUACCUACUUUGUAAUUAUACGUCGUAGAGUCAGGAAGAUUUAAGAAUCUUCGCAGGACUUUUCACUGUUUAUUAAGAUGACCUCUCUAGCGAAGUUGUGCUAUUCAUUUGCAAUGUCUUGAAUUCGAUUUCCAGCUAAGGUCAAUAUAGGAUUUAAAUUUUUCUAAAUUGGCUGAGAUUUAGUCAAGUGUCGCUUCUAUUUUAUUUCUAUUUGUGAGAUUCUAACGUCUCUGUUUGAGUUUUACAAAGUUUCAACUAUCGUGGUGUAAUCAGUAGCUAGCCUAUAAUAUUACGAAACAAUAUUUAGGUAAAAGAAGUGUUUUACUUUAUUUGCUCAGUACUGUUUGUUAUGAUUGACCAAGGCUUUUUAUACCAUAGCCGUGAAUUAAAAUGAUGGGCUUAUAAAUAAAAAUAAAUUAAUGGUUCUAAUUCAGUUGUACACAAAUACGAGUAUUGCCUGGUAGGUACCUACCUACUGUUAUGUAUUCUGUGAUAUUGUAGGUACGAUCUAUGAAAUGUGCCAUCCUUAUCAAUAGAGAUCAUUGAGAAAAGGAUGCCAAUAAC